GCAUUUUUGCUCUGUGCAUUUCAUAUGCAACCUGAAAUAUAAAAAAGAUAAUUUUGAGAUGCAUUUCGGUGCAAUAAACUACUUAUUUAUCAGCAACUGGUCGCUGUAAUGUAACAGCGCGUCCACUAGAUGUCGCGCUUUCACCGUCGACACGGGAGGACUCCCCGCAGCCAAUCACAGCUCCGCUUUAUCCAGCUUGACAAAGUUUCUCGUUUUCUUCUGUCUGAUUGCGAUCACGAAGCCAAACAGCGCAUUUGUCGUUUCGUUCCUCUUUCUCUGCGGAGCUUUAAAGAUGGUAGUAAACAAGCUAGCUGCUACUUCAUCCAACUCUUAUCCACUGAAAGUCAGCCACGCCGGCGGUAGGAGCCUGCUGUGAGGGAAGAAGAUGUAUCUGUGGCGUCUUUCCAUCGCUGGGAGCCUCGGUCUGGUUUGGUAUUUUUCAGACUGCGGUCGCACAAUCAUACAGUAUGUUAUAUGUUUCCUCCUCUGCGUUUCAACGCCGCUGCUGUUUGGAAACAACAGGCGAGAGAGCAGCACCCAAACUGAUGAAGAAACCAAAGAACAUCCGCUUGAGGAAUAUGUCGAGGAAGAGUCGUUUGAACAGACUGAUGUGAGGAACCUUGAGCAGAACAUCCCGCUGACGUCUCAGUGUCCGCAUGUGAAGAAAUCCCUUCAGCAAGUGUUCGAGUGCGCCUACGCUCAGCUGGUUCUGCCUUGGUACGCCGUCCCUGAGCCCUGCGAGCAGCAGCCCCUGCACAAGGUGCUCAGCAGGCGAUUUCGACUUUGUAAUUGACCGCAUCAUUGAGAGGGCCAGGGACUUUGAUGUCUGCCAGGCCAUGGUGGACUGCAUCAGGAUUCUGACGCAGCACUUGCAUGACUGCGAAGCAGUCUGACCGAGACCCGUUGUUCAGCGCUGCCGCUCUGGAAAUGGCGCUUCUCCGAGAGCUUUCCGACGCCUUGGUGCGCAGCCUGUUCCCCCGAUCUGUCUGGGUCCAAGAAACCAACCGCUGUGCCUUAAAUGAGAUCAUUGCCUUAAAGGGUCUGGGCCUUAUAGUGAAUUGGCUCUCUGACCCCGACAACCUGAACCAGCUGGUGGUGAAUCAGCUCGACGGAGUCGCUCUGAAAAGCUCUGCAGAGGAGCUGCGCGUAUCUGACCCAGAUCGCGCCUCCGUUUCUUCGCAGGAGGGCGAAACUGACGAGGAAGGCAGUGAAGUGAAUUUGCCUGGAGCAGAGAGUUCAACCGGUACUGCAGUCACGUUCCAAAGGAAAGGUCACAAGUUAAGGGAAGGAUGGUCCAAAUUUGUGGACAAGAUGAAGACAAAGAAAGCCAAGAAGAAGAAGAUAAAAAAGAUGGAGCAAGAGCUGGUUAUGAGGAUCAUGGCGACCCAGGAAGAUGGGUCCAACGAUGAGGACGGCGGCAGCAAAGAGGGCUCGGUCGUCAGCCAGGACGACUCACACAGAGACGACAGCGAUCUGGACGAGUACCUGGCCAGCGUCCAGGAGGACAUGAUAGAGUUCAAGCUUUCUUAUGAGAUGUGGCGCGUUGGCUGCUGGGCUGUCAGCAUCCCUCAUGCUGACUGGGAGGACGACGAGCUAAUCUUCACCGUUCACUUGGAGGAAAAGGGCAGCCCUGAGAAUUUACACUGGAACAUCAAGAAGACUUACAUGGAUGUUGUUUAUUUCCGCAACAGAUGGCAGGACUCCACCAGCCUUCCCAGCAUCUCCACCCUGGAAGACUCUGAGGUCAGCGCUGAGGUGAAAGAUGAAGCCACAGCCUCAGCUGAGCACUUCCUGCAGGAGUUGGUAUCUGACGCCAUGAUCGGCCACACUCAGGCCGUUUUUCAGUUCCUGUGUCCGCUCGACAAGCUGCUGAACGAGGAGGAGCAUUAUGCAGGCGUGUGGGGGAUUCUUAGCGGUCUGGCCUGCUUCCUCACUCCAGGCCAAGAGGAGGAAGAGAACUCAAGCCUGCAGACAGAAGUCCCCAAAGAAAACGCACUGCCAUCUCCACAUCCUGAGUCGACCUCCCUCUCUGCAGAAAAUCAUUGUAAUUCCACUCCUCUUCAAAACGGAUCCCCGCUCCCAAAGAUCGUCAUCUCCCAGUACAACAAUCCUCCAGAACAGCCUGAGGAAGCAGAAGCUAACCCGCAUGAAAACUGCCUCCAGGACUCUGAUAACACCUUAACCUCUCCCGUCAAAAUGAACAUCAAGGGACUGAGCAGAACCGGGUCGCAGGAGUCUCUGUCCUCCUCGAAGGCCAGCGAGGAUGAGGAGCCGCCUGAGGAGACGCAGCGGGCGGCCGCAGAGGGGCCGUCGCUGCCUCAGCUGCAGCUCAAAGUCGAAUAAAAAGGAGCAGACGUGUUUCAGGAUGUCGGGUGUAGCGGGGAAGACGAAAGGAAAGGAGACGAUGCCGGGCGCUCUGCAGAGAGGAGACGACUCUCAGGGUCAGAGAGGUCAAGGCAGCUGUGAGCAGCUGGAGUCAAC